UGUCCCCAACCCACCGAAUCUCAUUAUUAGUGCCUGAGCACGCAGUUGUGUGUUCUAUCUAUAAUUCUAUAUAUAGGUUUGCGUAUUUGUAGUGAGUUACGCACUCAAGGCUCUUCUUCCAUAUAGGAGGUUCGUGAUCAACAAAAGUUUACUCAGGUGUGACAGCUAAGUAUUAAGUAUAUAUGGGUAGCAUGCUACAGUCCCGAGCAGCGCCGGAAAAUUGUAAUCAUACGGCAGGUAGUAAUGAUGAGGCUGCAAAAGAUAUUACAUCAACCAACAUACUUAAUGAAACGUUGGGACUGAAUUUACAGCUUCUUGACCACCAUGUGUGGGUUGGCUCCGUAUUUGGCACCUACCCUCUCACCAUAAAUCGAGGCGCUACUCGUGGGAUUACAACCCGAGGGAAACCUUCCGGCGACCCGGCUGGCUCCAAGGUUGCCGUUGUAUACGCUGGUAGUAAUGUGGAAGAUGGAUCUAACAAUUGUGCAUGGCUCGUGGCCUGGCAUGUACCUGCCGACGGCUCUACCUCAAGCAAGGUAUAUGUAGAAGCCGGGGAUAUAAGCAAAUACUCGGGUAAAAUCGAUUGGGAUGAAGUCGAAUCGAAAUUGGAUGCUUCUUCGGAUCAAAUAUAUUACAUGGAUGAUUAUACUAGAAGCAUUGCAUCUGCGGCAAUUGUAUUGGAUGUUAUCACCAAAAUUAAAGUGUUAUUUGACGUAGCCAAAAAAUAAAUUCGCAUAUAUAUAUUGUUCGAUGCAUAUUUUUCUUUUCCGAUAUAUACAAAGGGGAGGAAAUUUAAACCA